CGUCGUUCUUCCUUAUUUUCCUCUCCCUAUCUCUUGAUCUUUGUGUGUUGACAUGUCUUCGAGCAAGCUAAGACGCGCCAUAGGAGCCGUGAAAGACCAGACAAGCGUAGGGCUAGCCAAGGUCGGAGGCCGAAGCAGCUCCUUAACGGAGCUCGAAGUAGCCAUCGUGAAGGCCACGCGGCACGACGAGUAUCCAGCCGAGGAGAAGUACGUGAGAGAGAUCCUAAGCCUAACGUCCUACUCACGCAACUACGUGAGCGCCUGCGUCUCGAUCCUCUCGAGGCGUCUCAACAGGACCAAGAACUGGUCGGUCGCUCUCAAGGCCUUGAUUUUGAUCCAAAGGAUGCUGACGCAAGGGGACAAGGCCUACGAGGAAGAGGUCUUCUUCGCGACGAGGCGCGGGACCAGGCUGCUCAACAUGUCGGAUUUUAGAGACGCGGAUGGGUCUGAUUCGUGGGAUUAUUCUGCUUUUGUGAGGACGUAUGCUUUGUAUUUGGACGAGCGGCUUGAUUUUCGGAUGCAGAGAAGGAAAGGGAAAAACGGUGAUGGUAGUGGUGGUGGUGAUGAUGAUUCGGGUGAUGAGGAAGAAGAUGAUCAUCGAGAGGCCAAUGCAAAUGUUCGUUCGAGAGCUCUUGUGGUGAAGACUAAGCCGGUCAAAGAGAUGAAAACAGAGAAGAUCUUUAUUAGAGUGCAACACUUGCAACAGCUUCUUGAUCGGUUCUUGGCUUGUCGUCCAACAGGUAAUGCAAAGAACAACCGAGUUGUAAUCGUGGCUCUGUACCCAAUAGUGAAAGACAGUUUUCAGAUAUAUUGCAACGUAACAGAGAUAAUGGGAGUGUUGAUAGAUCGAUUCAUGGAACUAGACGUUCAUGACUCGAUCAAAGUCUAUGACAUUUUCUCUAGAGUUUCUAAACAGUUGGACGAGUUAGAUCCGUUUCACGGAUGGUGUAAGAAAAUGGGAGUUGCAAGAUCUUCAGAGUAUCCAGAACUUGAGAAGAUCACGCAGAAGAAGCUUGAUAUCAUGGAUGAGUUUAUAAAAGAUAAAUCUCUUUUAGCUGCACAAGCUCUAAUGUCACCAUCAAGAAAGUCUAACAAAUCUGAGGAAGAGGAAGUCAAAGACAUUCAAGAAGAUUUAAACGCCGUUAAAGCAUUACCAGCACCGGAGCAGGAAGAGGAAGAAGAGGAAAAGGAAGAGACCGAAACAAAGAAAGAUGUUCAAGAAGUGGUUUCAAGACAAGAUCAAGAAGGUGAUUUGUUGGGUUUAACUGGUGAAGCGGGUGAUACAACAUUGUCGGUUGGUGAUAGUUUGGCGUUAGCGUUGUUCGAUGGUGCGGUUGCGACUGAGGCUGCGUCUGGACCGGGAUGGGAAGCAUUUGAUGAUGAUUCGGCGGAUUGGGAGACUGCUCUGGUGAAAUCAGCGACGAGAUUGUCGGCACAGAAAAGUGAGCUUGGAGGUGGUUUUGAUCAUUUGUUGCUUGAUGGAAUGUAUCAGUACGGUGCGGUUAAUGCGGCGGUUAAUGCUUAUGGAAGUAGUGGGAGUGCAAGUAGCGUUGCGUUUGGUUCUGCAGGAAGACCAGCAGCUUCAAUGUUGGCACUGCCCGCGCCACCACCAACGUCCAACGGAAACGGAGGCAGAAGUCUGGUGACCAUGGACCCGUUCGCGGCGUCUCUAGAGGUGGUUCCACCGUCGUACGUGCAGAUGAGUGAUAUGGAGAAAAAACAAAGAUUGGUAAUGGAAGAACAAAUGAUGUGGGAUCAAUACAACAGAAAUGGAAGACUAGGUUACAUGCAAAACCAACAACAACAUUUUCAUGUUCCAUACUCCAUGGGACCUUAUUCUUACACACCUCACUACUGAUUUUUUUUGUUUCUUGAAAAAAAAAAACGCCAUGUUUGAUCAGAUUGUCUUGUCUGAUGUAAAUUGCAACUCUUCUAAUUAUUUUGAAUUCUGAUAUCAAAAUAGCAUACUUUGUAUCAAAACUAAGAGUUGACAAAAAGAUUUAAAAAAAGAAAUAUAUACUACCUUUUUCUUAAACAAACCAAAAAA